GGAUGAUUUAUGCUAUUUACUCAGUUUAUAUCUUUACUAAUUGUUUCUUUGUGUAGAUGGAUCCUCAAGCAACUACGAUUUCACUUAGACACGGAAUACAUUUGGUGGAAUCUGCCAUGCCUAUGGCAUCGUCUUUCAUGCCCACGAGUGAUGAGACAGCAUCAAUAUUUUCGGAGCUCGCAAAGGUUGCCAUAGAAGAGAGAUUGUUGCUUGAUGAGUGCUUUGAACAUAUUAGAGUCAUUUCGACACUAGAGGUUGAAGAGAGGAGUCUAAGAUGUAACCUUAUCGAAAUGACUUUAUAUGAAGCUCAAGGUUUAUAACAACAAAAACAGUCUAAGAUGUAGCAUUAUCGGAACAACUUGAUUUCAAGCACAAGGUUUAACAACAACAAAAAUAGAUUAUGAUUCAAGCCGGGGUAUGUAAAUUAAAAAGAAAAAGAAACAAAUUCUUAACAUGUAACCCAUUGCCUCUUAAAAACUAACUGAAUUUAUUACUUACCCUUUUAAUACUAAAUUUAAUUUCAUA